AAAGCCUAAAAUCUCCUAAUUUAUAUUCAUAAUAAUAUUAAAAAUAAUAAGAACAAUAAUUUCUUCUGCAGAUCUUGAAUUCUUCACGUUCUACAGCACCCACCCCAAUUUUUGAUAGAAGAUUCAAGGGUUUGGCUAUGAAUGUUAGAAAAACUAACACGUUUCCGGUUCAUCAAACCGGGUUGGCUUUGAAUGUUAGGAAAGAGCAAGUAAUCUAAGACAAUUGAGAAGACUUGGGGAUAAAUGGGGGAAGAGCAACACCCAAAGACUCUAAAGACUGGGAAUGGAGAUGUUGAGAAACAACCUGAAUCUAGGAACAACGAAAACAAUGAUAAUACUGAUCCUACGCUGGAUCGUACGACGUCGAUUUUCUCCGUAGCGACGUCACCGACGCCGUCGCCGAAGUCGCUGUCGGAUGUUUUCGGCAACACGCCGCGGUGGAGCAUGAUGAGUGGAUCUCCCCUCUCUGGCGGAUUGGGUUCUCAGCUUUCGUUCCCUGAACGCCCCUCGCCGGGGGCCUCCCCGCUGCAAUCUCCGACGUCGGGCUACGACCCGAAGCGCAUCCCGUCCUCCAUCUUCGCCAGGAAGUCCGGCACGGGCGGCGGGGACUGGAGCGGCGGCUCCAAUGAAUCCUUGUUCAGCAUCCACGUCGGAAAUGGGAGCAUUUCGAACGGCGGGGAACUCAGUGAGAGAAAGAGCGUCUCCUCCCUUUCUCCUCUUGCGGCGGAUAGCGAAGAAGUGAAAGUGUCCGAUGCGUCUCAGGUGAAAGGCGUCGUUGAUACUCCAAAGCCGAGUUCGGGAAACGCCACUCCGAGUUCUCAACCCGUUUCUCCUUCGCCCGCCAACUCCAACGCUCCUCCGAUUGCUACUUUCCAGUCCCCCCGCAUGUCUACUGGGAGCGUAAAUAGCUGCCAGUCCUUCGCUUUCCCGGUAUUAGUGAAGGAUGUUAGUAAGAAGCCAGGGGUUCAACCCCAACCGGAACCGCAGUCUCAGUCGGUAACAACGCCGCCACAGCCGGAGGAGGCUACACCGCCGGAAACUCCAAAAGAAACGUCUAAAGCAGCAGAGCCGAGUUGCUUUACAUGCUUCUGUUGUUGUUGGCCACGCUGCUGUUGAUGUAUAUAGGCUUUUUUUCUUUCUUUCUUUCUUCUUUUUUCAUUAUUAUUUGUGAGAUAUUCGUUAUGAAUUAUGCAGAGUAUGUUCUCUUGAUUGUUAAUGGAGACUAGAAAAGUUUAGGGCUUUGUAAACUAUUGUAAUGUUUUCUUUGGGCAAUGCAAUAUCUAUGCAUGGUAAA